AUGCAUUUAAUGACAUUAAAUCUCAUCGGCCAUAGCGGCCCAGAUUACAAGUUUGUCAAGAUCCUGCUGCAAGGAUGCCACAUCCUGGUGUGUCUCUGGGUAUUUGAGUUGCUCUGUGGAUCUGAUCAUCUGGCAUCGUUCAGCAGUAGCAGAAGUGAUUUCCGCUUAAAUAAUGGACGCCAUUGGUGCAGGAGUGGAAUUGCCAAGGAGGAAGAUUCUUCGGCCAAAAAGGUUCCGGGAAGGAGGGGAGCAGGGGGAGUUGUUGUUAGGAACCACGCGGAAGAGGAAGGAUUGCGGAAGAGGGGAGUGCUCGGUAAGUGCAGCGGAACAAGGGAGGGGGUUCGUAGGCCCGCGAGGGGGGGGAAUAGGCCGAAAGAAGGCUGCCACUGCCACCAGCGCAAACCUCGAAAGGGUCCAAAGGGGGGAGUAAGGGAUGUGGGUAGCGAUCAGACCACACCGGGAGAUGCGGAAAAGGGAACACUAGGGGGAUCUGAACGCUGGGAAAAGAAGUCCACGGCCACCGAGACAGAAGGAGGGAGAGAGCGCAGCACAGAAAGGGGAGAGGAGUUGGAUGAGGCAUCGGACGAAGGUGAGUGGGGCAUGGAGGCUGAUCCUGUCCCUAGGGGGGCGGGUUGCGGGCGAGGUUGGGCAAGAGGGGGUUGCAAUACACAUCUGAGAGGUAAUGGCCGACCGAGAUACGUGCAGAACGCUUUGAGAUCCAGGUAUGGGGGUGGUCCACAAGAUUGGGAGUACUAUGGCCAUGAUGAUGAUUUUUAUGAGGAUGCUUAUGGUGAGGGGGACUAUUAUGAAGAGGGUGAGGGUUGUAAUUAUGAUUUGAGGAAGUCGCAUAGGCCUUGGCAAAGGAGGCCUAGGAGGAUGGACCAACAAGAUAACAUGGACAGUAAUAAUUUUGGUCGUGCAAGUUUCUUUUUCAGAAAUAGGGAGGAGGAGGAGAGUUGGAGACAAUGGAGGAAGGAGAGGAUGGGCCAACAGAUGGGUGACGGGAGUCGGAUUGCGAAUCAGCAGGCAUCCACUUCAUCUGCAUUUCAUACGGUGGGGGAGGAGAGGAAUGCUGGAGUUUACACGCAGGAGGCUGCAUUGGAUGAGUUGAGAUCUCUAGAGGUGUUGGCUAAUCAGGAUUCAGACACUGAUACAUCUGAUAGCGAGACAGAAGGGGGAAAGAUUGUAGCAUUACUUAAGAAAUAUUUUAAGGAAGGUAAGGGAAAAGAAGGUGAUAGGAAGAGAGGAAAGGAAGGGGGUCAGCAGUUUCUACCGUUAGGGGCAGCAGAUACAUAUGCGUGUGCCUUGACAGAGACUGCAGCUCAUUUGCCUAAGAAAUUGAGGAAAUCAAUAGAAACAGGUAAAUUUGUGGAUGUGUAUGAACUAACAAGGGAAGCAGUUCAGGCAAAAGAAGAUGGUAUUAAGAGUGAGAAGGAAGGUAAGAGGAAAUCAAUUUUUGAUUGGUUGAAGGGAUUUUUGGUUUUUGCUAGUGUUUAUUUGAAAGGAAAGCCAGAGCAAUGUUUGAAUGUGAUCAAGUACAUAGAUACCAUUGUGGAUACUUAUCUGUUUUACAAGGGCACGUCAUGGUUCGAUUAUGACAGAGCGUUUAGGAAAAAGAUUGUUAAUAGCAAGGUUAUUGCUAUGGAUGCUCCUGGAUGCAGGAGGUUAAGCAUAGUCAAGAAUUGGAAUUUAUCACAGACGCAGCAGGCAGCAUUGGUUUUGGGGCUUACUUUGCAGGGAAAUGGAGUGCUGGUAGAUGGCCGCAGACAUGGCAUGAGAAAGGAUUAACCAAGAACCUGACACUGUUGGAGCUUUUCCCUAUUUUGGUAGCGUUAGAGUUGUGGGCAGAGGGAUUAAAAAAUAAAGCGAUAAGGUUUUUGUCAGAUAAUAUGGGGGUAGUUUAUGCUGUGAACAACUUGUCAUCUGAUUCACUGCCAGUGAUUAGGUUACUGAGGCGGUUGGUGCUGAUUUGUUUAAAAUUUAACAUAUCGUUAACAUGUGCCAGGGGUCGAGAACACACUAGCAGACGCCCUGUCAAGGGAAAAGUGGGAUCUUUUCUUCAGAUUAGCUCCUAAAGCAGAAAGAUCUGCUCACAAGUGUCCUGGUAAUUUAUGGCAGUUGGUGAACCCAUAUUAGAAGAGCUAUACAGCAUGUCGUUAUCGGAAAAAACUCUGGCCAGCUAUAAAAGGGCUUGGGAAAGAUGGCGGCUAUUCUGCAUUGGUGGUAAAAAAAAAAUUAUGCUUUUAAGGAUUUAUUGGAAUUUUUGAGGGAACUUUACAAGGAAGGGAAGUCCAAAGCGGUUGCGGCUACUACAUUGGCGGCAAUUUCGCAUUUUUCCGUAGCAGGAGGUAUGCCCGAUUUCACACAUCAUCCUAUUGUUAAGAAAGUGAUGAAGGGCUGGAGUAGAGCUGAAGGCCCGAGGGUAGAUAAAAGGGAACCUAUCGUUAAAGAUAGGCUGCAACAGAUAUUGCGUUCAUUGGGCACAAUUUGUUUUGACCAAUUUGAGUGUGUUUUGUUUAGAGCAGCUUUUGCCCUGUCGUUUGGUGGAGCUUUUCGUGUUAGUGAGCUGGUGCCACCUUCUAAGAAGGCAAUAGAAAAAGGAUUGCAAUACAAGAAUGUAUCAUUACAAAAGAAUAAAUUGUUGAUUUAUAUUAGUAGGUCGAAGACAGAUCAAAUUGGUAAAGGAAAAUGGGUAAGUAUACAAGGAACAGGGGAAGUAUCAUGCCCAGUAAAGCUGUUAAGUGACUACAUGGCGGUGCGUCCGGAGGGGGGGCAGCUGUUGUUGUUGCAUAAAGAUGGUUCCCCUCUUUCAGCCUUCCAGUUUAGGCAAGUUCUGAAGAAGGCGGUGAUCGAUAAUAAUUGGGACCCAAAGAAGUUUGGAACCCACUCUUUUAGAAUCGGCGCAGCUACUGAAGCUGCAAUGGGGGGUAGUGGCAGUGACAAGAUAAAAGCAUUGGGUAGAUGGAAGUCGAGGGUGUACAAGAAGUAUAUAAGGCCUGUAAAUAAUGCGAGUGAGAAAUCUUAACCAAAGUUUUUUGUUUGUUUUGUCGUAGUAGAAAGUGCAACGGCUUGCAACAUUUUGAUAUUGGGGCAUUCUUUUAUUUUCUGGGCAUCUGAGAUGGUCAACAGAUGGGUUUGCCGAAGCAACACAUGAAGAUCAGAUGGAUUGGUAAGGUGAUCCAGUUGCGAAGAUGGUGCUCCAGGGUCAUUGCGACCGAUCGCCAAGAAGGGGUCAGGAAGGAAUUUUUCUCGUAGCACGAAUUGGCUGAAAAGUGCUAGAGUUUUCGCCUUCUUCUGGAGUACCAUUAUCUGUGGUGGUCAAAGGAGUGAUUCAGCUGCGGCUCGGCAGUGCGGCUCUGAGAGCAUGAGUUGGUUGAAGUGCAGGCCUACCUUUAGUGAGUCACUAGUGUACAUCAGACUUUGACUGCACGGUCUUCUCUGAUGCAUGCAAGAGACUGGUUAGCGCCAUUUAUGCACAACGAGGGAGCAGGGGGAUGGGCUUAAGAAAGCGAUCACUGAGUGCGCGCGGCCCUAUGAUCCCUGUUCUAAUUGUUUCAUGGUAAAAAUUUUUGGGCAUGGUGCCCACGUUGGGUAGGGGGAUGGGCUUAAGAAAGCGAUAUAUAUAAAUGACAUACUUAUAAUAUGGACAGCAUCAGAAAAGGAACUAUUGACAUUCCACCAAAGAUUCAUCCCACGAUUAACCUUACCCUCAACCACUCCUCUUCACACAUCAAUUUCCUGGAUACCACUAUCUACAUCAAGAAUGGAAUCAUACAGACA